CUAACCUUGUGCUAAAAGUUCAAAACCAGUUUUUAAGAACUGAGAUUUCCUCGAAGCUCAUCCAAGACCAUCAUAUUCAUUUCCGAGGGAAUAAUACCCGAAGUGCAGCCGGAUUUUAAGUGUCAUUAUGAGAUGUCGUCUCACAGCGCCUCUUUCGUGCGAAUCAAAACCGAUGACAUCCAAUUCUAUGAGAACUGUGGCGGCGGCAGCUUCGGCAGCGUGUACCGAGCCAGGUGGAUCUCACAGGACAAAGAGGUGGCGGUGAAAAAGCUGCUGAAGUUCGAGAAGGAGGCAGAGAUUCUGAGCGUGCUCAGUCAUCGGAACAUUAUCCAGUUUUAUGGGGCAAUCCUGGAAGAGCCCAACUACGGUGUGGUCACAGAGUAUGCCAGUAGAGGAUCUCUGUAUGAAUACCUGUCCAGUGCAGCGAGUGAAGACAUGGACAUGAAGCAGGUGAUGAUGUGGGCCGUGGAUAUAGCCAGAGGAAUGCAUUAUUUACACUGUGAGGCUCCUGUCAAAGUCAUCCACAGAGAUCUCAAGUCCAGGAAUGUGGUUAUGACGGCCGACAAAGUACUAAAGAUCUGUGACUUUGGGGCGUCCAAAUUCCACUCCCACACUACACACAUGUCCCUGGUGGGCACGUUUCCAUGGAUGGCCCCGGAAGUGAUCCAGAGCCUUCCAGUCUCCGACACCUGUGACACAUACUCCUACGGUGUGGUGCUGUGGGAGAUGCUCACACGGGAAAUUCCAUUCAAAGGCCUGGAGGGAUUACAGGUGGCCUGGCUGGUUGUGGAGAAGAAUGAGAGGUUGACUGUCCCCAGCAGUUGUCCUGCAAGUUUUGCAAGUUUACUGAAGAGUUGCUGGCUCACAGAUCCAAAGGACCGGCCCGUGUUCAAACAGAUCCUCACCACUCUCGAUUCCAUGUGCAAGGACAGCCAGCUCCCUGACCAGUGCAACUCCUUCUUACAGAACAAAGCUGAGUGGAGAUGUGAGAUCGAGGCCACGCUGGACAGACUGAAGAGACUGGAGAGAGACCUGAGCACUAAAGAGCAGGAGCUGAAAGAACGAGAGCGCAGGCUGAGAAUGUGGGAACGUAAACUGGUGGAGCAGUCCCACACACCACUCCUCCCUAGUCUGGACAUUUACUCCUGGACAGAAGAGCAUGUGCAUUUCUGGAUGAAGCAGAUAUUUGGAGGAGAUGAAGGUGACUGUGGGAUGCAGUUGUAUGCAGACAUGUUUAAGAUGCACCACAUCACGGGGAAGAGACUGCUUUUACUCACAGAGACAGAUAUGAGGGACAUGGGAGUGACAUCUAUAGGUCACAUGAUCCAUCUGAAGACUGAAAUUGAAAAGUUAACCCAUGAUUACCUGGGGCUGUUCCACUUCCCUCCGUUAAUGAAAGAUGAAUUGACUGGGGAGGAAGAGGAGGAGUUGAGGAAGGUGGUUCAUUUGGAGCUGGUGUUUGGCUAUCACUGGCGGGCUGGAACCGGUCCAAAGGACUGUAAAUGGAAGAUGUACAUGGAGUUGGAUGGGGAUGAGGUGGCACUGACGUACAUAAAGGACGUCACCUUCACUGUCAACAGGGCUGACGUGGAUGUUCUGAAGAUGACCAAGCCUCCGUUCGUCAUGGAUAAGUGGAUUGUGGGAGUAUCAGAGAAACAAACUGUUGAGUGCGUCAUCAAUUAUGAGAAUGAUGUCAAAUGUCCGAGAAGCAGCAGACACAGCCAUGCCGUACUGAGUGGGAGUGGUAAAGACUACAUAAAAACAGUGGAUCUUGUGAUUGAGACGCUGCCGCCGUGUGUGGAGAAGAAAGCAGCGAGCAGAUCAAACUCGGGAGUUGAUCCACAUUGGAUAUUCCAUCUGAAAAUGAAACAGUUGAGAAGUCAGCCAGCACCGCAGCGACUCACAAGUUCUCCUUCAACCAACCCAGACAGCAUGACCUUACCUCAGUUCCUGUCUGUGUUUGGGAACCAGACGUCAUACGCAGCCGCCGUGCGCAGAUCGCCCAAUCACAGCCCGCGCUCUCCGUGGGCCAGCUCCCGCUGCUCCUCCCCCACCGCCGGCCUCUCCACCAAACUCUCCUCCCUCUACCUGGGGUCAAAGGGCAGCAGCCCGUCCAGCACCACGUCAGAGAGCGCCUCGGAGAGAGAGCGUCCCCAAAGCGCAGGGGCCACUCUCACCUCCCGCAGGAACAGUAACUAUGGCAACACACCGGCGACCUCCGGGGGGGGCGUCAGGAGGGGCUCCAGCGGGGCGUAUCCGGCACAGCGGGAGGGCAGGGGUUUUCACCACGGGGGGAGACCCCGAUCCAACAGCUACACCUGGGCCAAUCAGACCCACCCAAGGACGAUACCGGGCAUGACUCCUGCCACGGAGGAAAGGCAGAGGGCAGAGGAGGCUAAAGUCAGUGAGGACGGCUGGAUCAAAGUGCAGAGGCAGAGGAAACCUGUGAGACCAGAGCAUAAACAGGUCAGGUGUCGACCCAGGAGAGGAGGAAGAGGAGGGCGUGGCCGAAACUAAGCACUUCAGACGUCUAAGCACUUCUUUAUCAAAUGUUUGAGUAGGCCUAUUCGAAUUAGUAAAGUGACAGACAGUGUGACGCUUUCCUCUUAA